GAAAACAAACCAGCGUCACUUCCUGCCUGACGCAGGUAAUUAGAAAACAUUUGGGAACAGAAACUUAGGAGUUGCUUCGAUGGCGCUGAUGGGAUGGCUCUGAACAGCUGGACACAGUGAUUUUGAGAGAGGAAACUAGAGGAGGAGCAGCCAUGGCCUGUGCUCGAGUGCCACUAGAUAUGCAGCAGGUGACUGAGCCUGGCCCUCUGGGAAAGGAGCGCACGCUGCCUGCACUGCACCCCGACAGGACAGAGGAGCGCUGUUUUGUGCCUUACAAGCCCCCUCCAGAAGACGGCUCUCCAGCUGAUGUGGAGGAGUUUUUAGAGCAUGCCAGAUUCAUCACAGAGGACCUGGAGUGGCUGCUCGCGUUGCCUCACGACAAGUUCUGGUGUCAGGUGGUGUUUGAUGAGUCCUUGCAGCGGUGUUUAGACUCAUACCUGCGUCACGCUCCCCGCGGCCUCGACCUCGCCACCCUGCCCUCCUCCCCGGCGGUGGCUGACAUGCAGCGCUCUGUCCACAAGCUGGUCUUCUUGACCUUCCUCCGCAUGGCCACGCAUAAAGAAUCAAAGGAAAACUUCUUCACCCCAGCUGUGUUUGGGGAAAUUAUCUACGAGAACUUUCUGUUUGACAUUCCCAAAAUUUUGGAUCUGUGCGUGCUCUUUGGAAAGGGCAACGGCCAGCUGCUGCACAAGAUGAUAGCGAACAUCUUUACACAGCAGCCGUCCUACUACGGUGACCUGGAUGAGACGGUGCCCACUGUGUUACAGGUAUUUGACACGAUCCUGGAGAAGUGCGGUCUCCAGUGCGAAGGAGCCACCGCGGUGGAGCCAAUGAAGCUGAACGCACACAAAAAACCCACUGCCAUGACCAUGAGCCAGCAGGAACUGUUGGAUAUAAUCUUGUACCUGUGCGACUCAACCACCACCAUCCAUGUCUUCCUGGACAUCUUCCCUGCAGCCUGCACUAGCUUCCAGUCCCGCGGCUUCCUCAGCAGUCUGACCUCGUUUUACGAGACCGCUGUGCCUGACCUCGAGAAGGCAAUCCGAAAGAGAAACUUUGAUGAUAAAGGCCUUCAGGAAGACUUGUGGAAGAGGCUGUCUCAUUCCUGUCGUAAGAUGGUGGAAACGGUUCACCUGCUGCUGCACCACGCCUGCCUACAGCCGAUCCUGGAGGGGAGAGAAAACAUGCAAACAUUUGCAGAGGAACUGCUACAAUAUUUCACAUCGUUUUUACCUGAGAAAAGGUUCUUGACAGAUUACGAUGAGCAGUUCCCCGUUGCAGAUGACGUCAGCCUCCUACAGCAGGCCCUUCCUGUCAUUGAUGACACCAGGACGUCCUACUUGCUCCAGGGAGUUGAAAGUGCCUGGGACACCGUGGGGCGGCGGAAACCACAGAGCCAGAUUCAGACUAAAGCCGCCUCAUCGUUGUUGGCCAAUCAGGGAGCAGCGGCUGGUGCUGCUGCUUCCUCUUUGUCUGGCUCUAAACCUCAGGAGGUCAGAGAGCCAGCAGAAGGAGAGAGUCUAAGGGGAGCAGAGGCCAUGCUGGAUGUCCCCCAAAAAGGAAACAAUGGCGCAGUGUGUCCAGUGAGCGGGGCGGAGCUAGAGUCCCUGCUGUCGUGCAUCAGGGACCUACUUCCUGAUUUGGGUGAAGGUUUCCUGCUGGAAUGCCUGAAGGAGUAUGACUACAACUCCGAGCUGGUCAUCAACAACAUCCUGGAGGACCGGUUAGCUCCCAGCCUGGCCAAACUGGACCGAGCCAUGCCAAGGCCAGUGAAGGAGGAGCUUCCAGCUGUUCUGAACAGCAGAUCCAACGUGUUUGAUGGUGACGAGUUUGACGUCUUCCACAGAGACCAGGUGGACAUGUCCCGCAUCUGGAAGGGCAGGAGGAAAGGUGAGAACGUUCGGGAGAUGCUGAACGACAAGCGGCACGUGGCGGAGCAGAAAGCUCGUUAUCACGCGUACGAGACGGUGGUGGACGAGGUCAUCAUCGAACCUGGAGAAUCCACGACGAUGUACGAGCUGGACGACUAUGACGACGAGUACGAUGACACCUACGACAUGAACCAAGUGGGCGCUAACGACCUGGAUGGAGACAGUUUACUGAGCAGAAGGCCGUUCACGGUCCCGCAGGUACUGAGGAAGGGAAACAAAGAGGAGGAGGAGGAAGGUGAAGAUGAUGAAGAGGAAGAUGCUUCACAGAGUGCUGUAAACAGGGACCAGUUUGUGCAGGACCCGGCUGUGCUGAGGGAGAGAGCCGAGGCCCGAAGAGCAGCUGCGCAGCAGAGGAAGAACUUCCGGCCAGAGCGUUCCAGUAACGUGGCCGGCCGACCCAAAGGACAAGGCCAAACUGCUGAGACGUUACUGGACCGGCGAAAGAAAGAGGCCAACAAGAGCCGGGUAGCCAACCACAACCGGCGCACCAUGGCUGACCGCAAGAGGAACAAAGGCAUGAUCCCCUCCUGACCUGUGACUCCAACCCAGCAGGCUGAUGGGAGAAAGGAGGGAUGGCUGGAAGGAGGAUGAGGGAAAAGUGGAUGUGGGUUCUGGUGUGGUUCUGGGUUGAUUGUUCAUGUUCCAGCCCUGAAGUCACUGUGAAAGCCACCACACGUUUUAGAUGUUGUUGAAGGCUUUCAUUAGUUUACAGAAUGAUUUUGGUAAAGCUGUAUUUUGGCCUUUUCUUUGAUUAAAAGUUGCCAACAAGCUUUACUGAACUGUUUGAGAUUGAACAUGUGUGUUAUGGAUCUGAGCCUAAAGGACAGUGUGUCCUUUGGCCCAACGGAUUCUACAGCUCAUUAAAAAUCAACCUGAGCAUGAGCAAAGGACUAGGGAUAAAGAUUAACAUGUUUAUUUUUGCCAUGUAACAAAUCAUUUUAUUAUUAAGAUCCAGAGUGAUCAAACACUCAAGCACUCUUUGACAUCAUCAUCAACAAACAGACUACAUAGGAGUGAAAGGAGGAGACGUUCGGGGUUUGGGACUUCCUUCUGUAGCUGGAAGAACAAUUACUGACCUGGAGAUCAAGUCUGAACAGCAGCGGCGGACUGCACCAACUCAUCCUGUUUGAGCAUGUGCAAAAGCUGCUUGCACGCAUGUAACGUCAUCUACCCAGUCCACAUUACUGCUGUCCAGACUUUAAAAACAAAAAACAAAAAAAGGAUCACAAUGAUGCUGAUGUUUGUGUUUGGAAGCACUUUCUGUAAGGAAGGUCCUCGAGCUGUGGGGAAACCUCCUACAUGCUGCCAUGCACACAAUAUUUUCUAUGAAGCUGUCGGAGCUUUUUGUAACAAUAUCGGCACACAAAAAUGCUUUUUUGGAGUUGACAUUGCAGAGAAAAAAAAAAAAAAAAAAAUCACAAAAUACAAUAAAACUAUGUUUUUAACAUACUUCUGAGUUUGUGGUCACUGUCAAA